AUGCGUUGGCCCAAGCGCCUGGCGAGUGAGGUGAAGGUGCGGCCCAGGGGGCGGAGGGGACGGAGGGGACUCGGGAAGGCGCCCCGGACAGGCAGGAGGUCCCGGAACGUUCUAGAAACGCCGCCACCUCCUGCCCCGGAGUGGGAGGCCCACAAGUCCCCGCGCGGCGCCCCCUGUCGCCUCUCCGUGACCGCGAGGAGAGCAGCGGCUUCUCUGGGCCCAGGAACAUCACACGGUGUGAGGAGUGCUACCAGGUCAGCAGAGGAGCAAAGGCUGUUCAGCAGAAGAACAAAGCCAGGAUCUGACAGAAAUCAAAGAAGACCCAGGGGCCAUGCAGAGACUCGCUUCCCUUCACUUCCUCUGAGAGUCCCACAGAGACCGGACUGUGCUUUAAAGAAGGAAGCUUCAGGUCAUCCCAGGAAGAAUCCCACAACUUACGAUUCAUCCAGGGAGGUUGACACUUGUUCUGACCUAUUAUCUCAGGCCAGCCAAGGGCUGGGAUCCAAGUCCUGUCGUGAGCCAGUUGAGGACGUGGAGAGUUCCAGGGAACCAGGCAGUGAAGGUCUUGGUGUGAGGCAACACCCGCAGGUCACAGCAGAAGGGGCCCAGUCAGUGUCCGGAGUCAAGAGUCACCAUGUCUCGGUCUCGGAAGCGCCGGUGCACCGUGCUUGAGGAUGACCCUGAGACCCAAAGUGACAUCCAGCAACUCAUUGAAUCCCGUGUUCCUGUGGAUGUGGA